GACAACCACAUGCAUUAUACUGAAGGGGAUGUGAACCGUUUCACACCUGUCUAUAAUAGUCUAUCAUUAACUAUAGAGGUUUUCCAUGAUAAACUGACUACUACAAUGAGGCUGACCUUAGAAGCUUUAGAUAAAAAGAUUUUGACCUUGACAAGAAUAUUUCAUUCAUGCUGCAAAUUGAAAGCUGAACCUGGAGUUGGUGAGACAAUUACUAUGGUCACAGAACAAUUGGCAAAGAAGACUCCUCAUAGGUUUAUUCGUCUGGAUACACAGGUGCGGGUGGUCCAAGGGAUGACCAGUUUAAAUGGUCAGCACAAUGUUAUCCUGAAUCACCUCGACUUAAUCAUUCAGAGCAUAAGACUCAUCGUUGGUCCUAAAUCUAGUGUCAGAAGCUCAUUUAAGUUGAAUGAGACAAACAUCACAAAGAAUUUUCCAAAUAUGGAUGCUUGCAUAGCACUUUGGUUUGUGUUUAACGCCGAGACUGCUCACAAGUAUGUGGGUACAAAAACCUUGGUACCUAGUUUACUUCUAGGUUCCUUACUUGAUGUUGUUGAGGAGGUACAAACAGCACAAACUGAGUUUCAAAACCUGACACUGUCAAGCUUUUCUCCACUAUCAGUGGAUCGUUUUAAUCUGAUGCUUUGUUUCUUUAAUUUUAACUCUGGGAGGAAGGUGUCCAUAACAUUCAACCUUUCUUGCUUGAAGCGGAAACCUAUUUUCUGCUGAAUCUGGCAAGCGAAAACCCGAUCUUGUUCAGGAUGCACCAACAAACAACGCAGUCUUUACCUCAUUGCAGGUUGUUUCUUCAUUGUUUCACCUACUUUUGAGAAUUGAAUGCUUGUCGAAUUACAAUAGCAAAUGUACUUCUUUGCUAUACUUGUUUAGCAUUCUCUCUCACAUCCACUAUUAGAUAGAAACUUCUUUAUA